AUGCCUCUCGGAGCUGUGGCGCCUGAGUGCGCACAACUUUUCGCUGGUCGCUCACGAGCACGCCCAGCGCGCCUCCGCCACCGGAGUCACCGGGUGAAGAUGAGCCCUUCCAUGCUUUGCGCGCAGCCCGCCGCGCGGCCAAGCUCUUGGAUAAAGACUGCUGGCAGAUCAGAAAAGGAUGCGCAGGAGACACUCAGAGGUGGGGCAAGGAAGACUGGUGAAAAGAAAGUUAAACCUCUUUUAAGAAGGUUCUGCCGUGUAGGAAGCUGGUUUCUGCUUGUCGGUUUCUUUUUUGCUUGCGCAGGCACCAGUCCUGUUAGAUGGAUAUCGAAGCCUUUUUUUUCCUUCUACUUCAAGUGCCCUCUAGCGAGCACUAUCUGUGCAGGUUGCUAUGUAGAAGGAGGCAGAAUGAAGAAAGAAGAAAGAAAUGCACCAAUCGCCCUCCUGAUUCCUGAAGUGCUCCUCUCCUUUUUCUUUUCUUCCUUCCUCACAGGGGUCAUUUCCUCAUAAGUGUUUGGCAAAACAAAAAAGGUGUUGUUGUUGCUUUUGCAUGUGAAACACAUCGUUCGGGUACUAAGCUGUGAAGCGAAUGUUAAUCCUUUCUCGGGGAUUUCUCUGGAGCACUCAUGAUGAUUUUUCCUGAAGUUUCAUACACCAUGGUAAUCAGGCAAAUAAAAGAAAGUAAGUUGCUCCCCAGGAAGAAAUUCUGUUUUGUUCCCAUUUUGACAGCAGAGCAGCUCUAAGGCCUUUGAUGCAAAUUGAUUAACCUCUCCAUGGGCUUUGAGUUUGUGGCUCCAGAAAAGUACAUAAUACUUCUUUCUUACCUCAGGGGGGUGGUAUGAGGCUUAAUUGAAGCACAUAAAACAAUUUCAGUUCCUCAGACCCAAUUUGAUAUACAGUUGGACGCGCUUUUCAUCUACUAACAGGGCUUCAAAUUCUCUUCAGUUGUCUACAGCGCAGCUCGAUCGAAACUCUGUGUUUUCAUAAAGAUAUUGUUAAAACAAUUUCUUCUGUAAAUAGUGGACUUGCUUAAGAGAUUUUGAGGGUUCAGGCCUGUAAAAAAAAAUGCAAAGAAAAGAAAAAUUUAGAUGCUUCAGAAAACAUGACUACAUAUAAUAAAUAGAGCUACAUAGUAAGAGAAGAAAUCUUACAAAGCAUUCACUGGGCAUAUCUCCCUAUGUUUUAUGCAAACUAAUAAUAACAGAAGGUAACUUUACUCACACAAACAGCCCAUUAAGCAGUUACUAUGAGCACAGAAGAACUGCCAAGGCAUUAUUCAAAUGACUGGGUUUCCGGGUACCUGUUACUCAGGCGUCUCCUUUACUGCUAUUACUGUGCAUCAUCUUGUUUGAGCUUACCCUCUGACUGAGCUAUCUUCAAGGGCAAACGUAGAGUGAGGCAAGCUGCCACAUAAUCUACUCCAUUAGAUUCUUUACUCACUGCAUCUCUUUAAUUAUUAAAAUCCUGUGGAUGCUCGCCGUUGUUUGCCUCGUUCACUGCACUACAAAACGGAGGCUCGGAAAAUGUUCAAGUGAUCCCUUCCCAGAAUACACAGUUAAUGACACCACAAUUUAAAUCAAAAUUGUUUGACAGGAGGUUCUGAAGAAAUGACUCAGUUUCCAAAUGUGCACUGUUUUUGCAGUGUUUGGUUCCACCACCCCCCCCUCCACCUUGGGUCUGUAACUCCAGCUCUGGUGAAUCCACCUAGUGUCUGAGAGCACCUGCACUCACACACAAACACUCUUACACAUUCACACAUACAGACAAUUAAAAAUCAAAGCAUACACAUAAAUAAUAUCGAAUCAUGCCUGAUCCUCUUAAAUAUUAAAAUUAUACUAAUGCAAGACUAUCAAAAACUACUUUUUUUUCUGUUGCAGUAGAGGAAAUCAAGUAUAUCUUCUGAAAGUUAAAUUUGCAUUCUAUCACUAUGCAAUACUUUUAGUCCCUUAUAACUUACUUUUAACUCAAGUUUUACUUCACUGAAAGGAUUCAUACAUUGAAAUGAAACAGAAUUAAUGUUUGCAAAUACAAACAUUAUCACAAUAUUUACCUGUAAGUGGGUUUAUAAUAUAUAUCCUAGGAUUCAUGGAUACCAAGUUAAAUACAAAUUCUCCAAAGUGUUUAAAACAAGGAGAUAAAAUAAUACUACCAUUAAUCAUAAAUACCAUUAUGGAAAUUCUCUGGGAAUAAUAAUUUGAAAGGUACUCAAAGUAUUGUUUAAUUGCUCAUUUUUAAAUUCAAGAAUGCCGCUGUUCUAUUAUUAUGAUUUACAUUUGAAUAGCCCUUUAUAUAUUUUUUUAAGCACACUUGACUUCAUAUGCGAUCUUUGCAGCAAUUGUGUGAGAUGUGUAGGUCUAUUAUUACACAAGGUUUUCAGUAACAGGCUUUUAGAGGCAAUGGAGUCCUUACAGAGCAUCUUCAUUUUAUAGGAAUUGAAUUGGCCAGUUUUUUUUUUAAUAUCUGAACAUAGAUACAUAGUUAUGUAGCUAGAUAGCUCUGAAAAGACACUACUAUUAGAUCACAGAUGAUUAAUAUUUAAAGGUUGAUAAUGACCUACCUCCUUUUACACAUAUGAUUCUGGGGAAAAUGAGCUAGUACACUCAAGACUAUGUAAGAUAUGCAAAUAAAAGCCUAGAUAAUAAACACAGCAUAGUUUAGAAUCUUCAAUCAAAUUAAUGCAAUCUAGAAAAGGCAGGCUUUCAGUUUCUAAUGACAGCAACGAUAUUUGCUUCUUUCACCAAGUCUCUGUAGAGUCUAAACAUAUGAUCUGUUGCUUUGUAAUGCUUGAAAUGUUUCAGAACCUUGGAAUAUGACUCUCACAUACAAUACAAGCGGUGCUUUCAAAACAGAUCAUAUUGAAUGAAAUUUUUUGGAUUAAGUAUUGUUAAUAAAUUAGUUAUUAGGAAGAUAUUUGCAUCGUAUAUCAGUUAUAUAGAUGUAUAAAACAAAAACCAAAGCCAAAGUAGGAAACAAACAAACUAAACUAAACUCAAAUAUGCCUUGAAUCUUUUUCGGGUAGCCAUUAUUUGAAAAUUCAAACAGUAAACCUACAAAAAUUUUUUUUUCAAGUGCAGAUAGUUGUUAAAAUGGAUAUUUCUAUUCUUCAGGAGCAGAACAAAAUCCAACAUACAUGACUUGCCCAAAACACAGAGUGUGAUGUAUCUUUUUUCUCUUUCUUCCAUGUUUGCAUGAAGUUAUUCAUGAUUUCUUACUCCGAAUUACGUCAUUGUUUCUGGUCUAGAGAAAAAUGGUUCAUUGUGUUGUUCUACUUUGUCCAAAUUACAUACAGAAUAUAAAAUGAAAAUAAAUGCCACCAGC